AAAAUAUGGGUGUCUUUUACUGGUUGAAAUCCGAGAGGAACUACUUUUGUGUGGAGCCAUGGAGCCUGUUGGUGAUGACCCAAGUAGGAAAGAAGACAACGUGGAAGAAGCCAAUGAUCUUUUGGAAGAAUGUUGGUUUUUUGAUAACUUGCUCAACAGGAAACAGAAGAUGCUAAGGUGUCUUUCUGAUCCUCAUAGCAACUCAUCAGAUUUUGGCCAAGAAAUGUCAGUGGAGAUGAAUAAGGCCACAGAAGGCGGUGGAUUUUCCGAUCCAAAUUUGGUUCGGACACCGUCCUUGCCGCUUCAUAUAGGGAGGCAGGAGAAUGUUCAAGUGAAGCAAAGUGGUGGUAAGAGUGGCGUGAGAAAAUUGACAAGGCAAACGUCGCAUCAGAAGAUGCUGCAGACAACAACGUCCCAACCGCCGGUUUGUAUUGGGAGGAGGACAGAAGGAGUUCAGGAUAAAGAAAGUGAUAUCAGAAGAAGUAAAGUAAAUGGGCAACCGGUGCGUCACAAUUUGCUCAGGACACCCUCCUUGCCACCAUGCCUAGGAAGAGAAGAGAGAAACCAAGAAAGUGUUCCACAAAGACACAAGGGGCUCAUGACACAAUGUUCUAGCAUUCCAAGAUAUAGACCCCCAAAAACCACAGAAGGGGAAAGCAAUAUGAUUAGUACGGAUGGAAUUAAGGAAAUGAGGCGCCGAUGCCCUAAUCAACUGACGACGAGAAAGAGCCUAAGUGAUCUUGAAAUUGAAGAACUGCAAGGGUUCAAGGACUUGGGGUUCACAUUUGACAAGGAAGAGUUGACCCCUAGUGUGGUGAACAUACUUCCUGGGUUGCAAGACAAGAAGAGAAGUGAAGAUUUGAACCCGGCACAUGUUAGGAGGCCUUAUCUUUCUGAGGUGUGGCUGGCGCAAAGCUGCGCAGCCCCGCCACCUCCAAAUUUGGGUGCAACUCAGUCUGCUGAAGACAUGAAGGCACAGAUCAAGUUCUGGGCUAGAUCUGUGGCUUCUAAUGUGCGCUAGGGAAUUUUAUUUUGUGAUAUUUAACUUGAUUUACAUACCGAUCGAUUAUGUAGUCUGAUUGUAUUAAAAAUGGUAACAUCCAGUAAUCCAUUCAAACCAAUUAAUCCAACACAAUUUGAUUCGCUUCAAUAACUUUGAUGAUCUGAUUGGAUCAUCAAAUUCAAAAAUCUGUGUGAGAUAGAGAGAGGGAGAGGGAGUUGCAAUUGUCUAGUCUCAAUGAUCCGCUCUCAUGUGAUACUCGAGUUUCUAUUGUAUUAUUUCACUUGAUAUGUAUUAUUUGUCAUUUUUAUUUUGUGAAAUACUUUUUCAAAAACUGU